GCGGUGAGGCGCAAACAAUAACAUUCAACAGCAGCCACUAUGGCGAAAGCGAAGGCAGCGAAAGGUGCCAGCAGCGUUCCAAACAAAGCCCUGCAUAGUAGAGUAUCGUAUCUCUACCAAGCCGCAGCAUACCUGGCAACCCGGCAACUGCAUUCCACAACCGCUGCAGUUCGCUCUGAACCACAGGCUAGUCAAUCUACGAUGAAUCCACAAGACGACUCUCCAUUCCAACCAGCAGCACGGCACAUGAUCUCCGACUUACGGUCUGUGUCUCUGAAAGUCAUGAUGCGAAUAUCACCGACUAUGAACCAUUCAAUAUGCAAGAACUGCGAUACCAUGCUCAUUGAUGGGUCCACUUGUACAAACCAAGUCGAAAAUAACAGCAAGGGUGGGAAGAAACGGUGGGCAGAUGUGCUGGUCCUGAAAUGCAAUACUUGUGGUUCGGAAAAGAGAUUCCCAAUAGGAGCAGAGAGACAGAAGCGGAGGCCUCAUCGCGCAACAGAAGACAAAAUGCCCAGGAAAGACGAGCCGAUAGCCAUGGAGGUGGGUUGAAAAGAGCUGGCAUCUGCAUCCAGCUCAACAACGGAGAUAGUCUGCAGCCGCAACUAAUCAGCUUCGAUCACCUUGGUCUGUCUGUCACAAUCGCAGGAUCUGUCAACGGAUAAUGGCGAAAGAUACUGCUCUUGCAUUGGCUUGCCGUGGAUUUCAACAUUAGCAGAACCUCAGCUGGACUUAGCCUUACAAAUCAACAGGUUGCAAACUGUAUUCUUGGAAAUAUGCAAGCUCCACUCAAGUGAUCGUGAUAGUAUCUGCAUAUCAAGUUGGCUAUCAUAACCAUCCCAUCGCAGAGCUUUCGUUGUUCAGCCAGAUUCAAACAUACACUGAUCAGUCGAUCAA